GUCUCUACCUGCUCUUCCUGCUCUUUGAAAACUCUCCGGACCAGGCCAUACCAGCAGGCAGCAUGGCUACAAAAUGUGGGAAGUGUGGACCCAGCUACCCUACUCCUCUGAAAGCCAUGAAAGGACCCAGAGAGGAGAUUGUCUACCUGCCUUGUAUUUACCGAAACACGGGCACUGAGGCCCCAGAUUACCUGGCCACUGUGGAUGUUGACCCCAAGUCUCCCCAGUAUUGCCAGGUCAUCCACUGGCUGCCCAUGCCCAACCUGAAGGACGAGCUGCAUCAUUCAGGGUGGAACACGUGCAGCAGCUGCUUUGGUGAUAGCACCAAGUCUCGCCCCAAGCUGGUGCUGCCGGGCCUCAUCUCCUCUAGAGUCUACAUUGUAGAUGUGGGCUCCGAGCCCCAGGCACCAAAGCUGCAUAAGGUCAUUGAGCCCAAGGACAUCCAUGCCAACUGUGAGCUCGCCUAUCUGCACACCAGCCACUGCCUGGCCAGCAGGGAGGUGAUGAUCAGCUCCCUGGGAGACCCCCAGGGCAAUGGCAAAGGUGCUCACAGGCUGUGUGUGCCCCAUAGACACUUGCACAGCUAUGAAAUGUGGGAGGAGCAAAUCACAAACUGGGAGCAGAACGGAAUGACCUCCCAAGGAAACAAAUGAGCUGGAUCCUGUCCAAU